AUGAUAAGACACCAGCCUCCUGACAAUGUCCGUGCAGCACCUCUCAGCAGCGAAGUUGAGCAGGUCCAGCUUGCGCUUAUAGUCGGGUACUUUGUGGCACCGCCCGUUUCGCCACUGUUGCUUGACGAGGCGGUAGAUGAAAUUUGGGUCGGUGGUGACGAAGUGGGCGGUGUUGAGGUGGUUGAGGCUCAGGUGGAAGGUGCGGCAGGUGGAGGGAGUGAGCGGGCGGGUAGGUACAAGGCGAUCAUGAUCACCAGCUCGGUGGGGAGAUUGGGCAGGGAGACCUUUUCUGAGGGUGGCAUGAGUAGCGUUUCACUUUGGGAGUCGUGGGAUUGGGGGGGGGGAUGUGUGAGGAGGAGGUAG